UCGCCUGAGUGGGAUACAGUUACGCCAGACGCAAAAAAUUUAAUUAAUCAAAUGCUAACUGUAAACCCCGCUAAACGGGUCACAGCAUCUGAUGCACUCAAACACCCAUGGAUUUGCUAUCGUGAGAAAGUUGCUUCGGCUGUACACAGACAGGAAACGGUCGACUGCUUGAAGAAGUUCAACGCCAGACGAAAAUUAAAAGGUGCAAUUUUGACGACAAUGUUGGCUACAAGGAACUUCUCCAGUCGCAGUAUUGUAACCAACAAAAAAGGAGAUGGUUCUCAAGUGAAAGAAUCAACUGAGAGCAAUACAACAUUGGAAGAUGAUGAUGUUAGAGAGGACAAAAAAGGGACUGUGGACCGGAGCUCUACAGUAAUUGCCAAAGAUGCGGAAGGGAACAUCGCCACGCCGCCACCGUCACCGGCAUUGUCUUCCUCUUCCAUUGGUAGCGUGCUGGGCUGCUUCAAGAGUUCCUUGUCCACGUCUUUCGGAUCCAAGACAAAUAAUAAACUGUCGAUAGUCGUCACCGCCAACCCCCAAAAUGUCUUGGCUCAAGCACGCAAACAAGAAAUCGUUAAAAUCACCGAACAACUUAUUGAAUCGAUCAACAAUGCUGAUUUCGAGGGAUAUACCAAAAUUUGCGAUCCACACAUGACAGCAUUUGAACCGGAAGCGCUCGGAAACCUAUUGGAAGGCAUGGAAUUUCAUAAAUUUUACUUCGACCAUGAAUCCGUUUUGACAGUUUUAGGUAAAAAUCGAGGCAUUAAUACUACCGUGUUGAACCCUACUGUGCAUUUACUUGGUGACGAUGCAGCUUGCAUUGCAUACAUUAUACUCGUACAAUACAUCGACAAACAAGGAGUUCCUAGAUCACACCAGUACGAAGAGACCAGAGUGUGGCACAGGCGUGACAAUAAAUGGCAAAACGUUCAUUCACAUCGGUCAGCAUCGGUAGCAUCCACCAGCAGCGCAUUUUCACCGUCCGCCAUCACUAAAUAGCCGAUUGCCAGCGAUAAUACGUCGACGGUCAUACUGAACAAACGAAGAGGCCCACUAUUAUAAUAACAAUGUUUUUGUUCCUUUUUUUCUUUCUUUCUUUCUAUCUUGUUUUUUUUUUUUCAUUUUGA